AUUUGUUAUUCAAUAGAGGCGUUGACUGAAUGGACGUACUACGGUACCCAGAAGGCUAGAGACACUCAUACGUGACCUGCAAUCACGGUUGUAUCUCCAACAUGGCGUCGCUGGGAAGGAGGCGCGGUGUCCCAGUAAGCAGGGAGAGGGGAGUGAUGGCGGCAACAGACUGCUACAUCGUGCACGAGAUCUACAAUGGGGAGAAUGCACAGGACCAGUUUGAAUAUGAGCUGGAGCAGGCUCUGGAGGCUCAGUAUAAAUACAUUGUCAUUGAGCCCACACGCAUCGGAGAUGAGACAGCCCGUUGGAUUACUGUGGGCAACUGCCUGCACAAGACGGCCGUGUUGUCAGGUGCUGCUUGCCUCUUAACGCCGCUUUCACUGCCGGUUGAAUAUUCGCGCUAUGUGGCGUUGCCUGCUGGUGCCCUCAGUGUGGCCUGUGCUGCCUUGUAUGGGAUUUCAUGGCAGUUUGACCCCUGCUGCAAGUACCAAGUGGAAUACGACAGCCAAAAACUCUCACGGCUGCCCCUGCAUACACUCACCUCCUCGACACCCGUGGUAUUGGUACGCAGGGAUGACGUCCACAGAAAGAGACUCCAUAAUACGAUAGCACUGGCUGCACUGGCGUAUUGCGCCAAGAAGAUCUAUGAACUGUAUGCAGUAUGAGUGCACCCUGAAGAGGGUUUGAGAACCAAGAGAAAAAGGAAAAAACAAACAAAAAACGGAACCUAUCCAUCCCCCGAUGUAAGAAAAGUGGAAGUCACAAUCAGGCCCUGCAGUUAGCUCCGUGUGUGUGGGUGCUUCCAUUUUGAACUUUGAUCAGAGGGAUAUAGUUAAAGCGGAAUUGUUUUUUCCCUUAAAUUUCUUUAUUUCUAUGUGACAACAAUGGCACCGUUAUCAUAGUACCCUUGCCUUCUUCCCUGCGCCUCCCACCUGCAUCCUGGACACGCAGCAAGCUAGUGCACAAGGGUUUUGCAGCAGUUCUGGACUGAAUUGUAUUGCGGUUGAAAGUUUCGAGAACCAAGCCUUUUCCCCCCUUCCCUCGUAGUUUUACUGUACCCCUUUCUUGCUGAUCAGUACAUCACCCUUUCAUUAAACAUUAGGAUAUUACAAACUCACUUUUCUGUAUUUUAUUUUACUUUUUUAUUAAACAGACUCUACCUAAUGUUUUCAACACAGCAAACAGCAGCAACUAAUUUUAGAAAUGUGUCUUUUUUAUUUUGUGAAGGAGUUCAAAAAGGAUCUUGAUUAACAGACAUGGUUCAUGGUCAAAUUUGCUUCUAAUAAUGUAUCAGACAUUACUAUUCAAUUUCAACACUGUAGUUAAAUAUAUUUAUAACAGAUACCAUCUUAAACUUUGCACAGAAUAUUCCAAAUAUUUCCUUCUGUCUGAUGAGCUGCUGUAAUCAGCAGGUUUAGUGUUUUCUUCCACUUAAGGAAGUAAUUAUUGAGUUAUGUAAUUAUUUAGAUGUAAAUUAGUUGUCCAUUCACUGCAACUAAUCAUUUAUUGGUCACAAUUUAAGUAAAUCCUAUUUAAUAAAAUGUAUUGUCAGUGGGAAAUGGUAGUACCUUUUAUGGUACAUCUGCU